AUGAACUAUGCCUCUGAUCGAAGUGAAGUUGGUGAUGCCGACUCUCUAGCAUCUACCACAGAAAGUGAAGAGGGAACCGAGUACCUCGUGAAUGACAUCCAUGCAGAACGGAGGUUCUACGUAGAACCGGAUUCCGAUGAUGACGAGGGUGUCUUCAUAACUCAAUAUUUAGUCGAGUGGGCCGGGUAUAGCAUGGACAGGUGCAGUUGGGAACCGAAGGAAAUGUUUACUUCUGAAGAGACUCUAGAUGGUUGGGAAGAGAAAAAAAAGCAGAUCGCCGAGGGUAAGGUGACUCCUUUCGAUCUCAAGUCAUGGGAAAAGCAUACGGCUUUGGUGGAGAAAAAAACAAAAAAGCGAAAAGAAGAGCGAAGGCGCAAACGAGAGCAACGAGCACGGCGAAAAAGCCUCCCUAAGGUUGACUCGCCCCGACUGGCCAAUCUCGAUAAUGUAGAUGCCCGUGAGCCUGAAACACGUAUUGCAUCUCACCGAGCUUCCAGUCGCCUCUCCAUUGAUUCCAAUGCUUCGGCCUUGUUCAUUCCAGCUGAAACACCACCCUCAUCAAAAACGGCAACGCCUCGUCAACCGCAGCAACAAGUAGCACCUUCGAGAUCAACUACCGCCAGUGCGCAAUCAUCUGGGAAAGAACCUCUGGGAUCAACAACCUUGAUUGCACAAACUCAGAAAGCCCCAAGCCGGCUUCCAAACUCGCGACUUGCUCAGCUCGCAAAGAAGAUUACACUCAAGCAGAAAGCCUCGGUACGCCAAAAGAGCCCCCCACAAGCACCAAAGCCAACAUUGUCUUCUUUUGGUACGGGCCCGGGGGUAAAGCGCGCAUACCGUGAUACGAAAUGGGGCGAAAGAGCACCGGAUUUGUCACAGAUGGAGCUGAUGAAGCCUUCUGAAUUCGCACCAAGAAUGAACAUAGGCUCCACCACAUCAGUCGUAGGCCCAUCUGUAACAAGUUCCAAAUCCCCUGAAGCCCAAAAUCAACCUGCUUCUGAGAACCCUGACAGCCUGGCCAAUCGACUAGAGCCACAUACUGUUCAAGCAAGCGAUAAUGCUGCAGAGCAACCAAAGAAUCCUGUUGUUCUUGCAUCCUCAUCAGCUAUGGCCCCUCCAGUACCUCGGUCUUCGAACUCAGGCUUCACUACGUCCGUUUCCUCGUCGGCUGUGUUAUCUGCACCCAGUGCACUGCCGAAUCUAGAGAGACCUGUUGGUCCUGUAGAUUCCACUAUCUCGAUUUCCUCACAACCUACCCAAUCAAAUCUAGUUCCACAGGCAAACCUCACUCACCCUGCCGAUUCUGCCGAUCCUAUUGUCUCUACUGUUUCGCGGCCAAGUGAGACCUCUUCAACGAAUCCUGCUGGGCGAUCAGCAUCUGCCCUUACUGGACCUUCACCAGCUCCUUAUCCCCAUCACCCAUCACAAGUCAAUAUCGACACGCCUACCGGUUCUUCGGCGUCUACCAGCUCGAUCUUCCCCUCGGUUGCGCCUUUGGAGGCUCUUGCGGAGGCUACAUCAACGAAACCUGGUAGACUCUCGGGCUCUAAACUUGCUCUCUCGCCAGCCAUCCCGACCAAGCCCCGUGCAAUGAUCAGCCCCGAGAGGCGUACCGAGAAUCAAAACUCGCAGGAGAGCCAUGAGACGAACAAUCUUGGCGGAUACCUACCGACCGUCAGAGCGAUCUCGUCGGUCAUCGCCCUCACGUUGGUCAUCUCCACCUCGACGGUCAUCUCCACCUCGACGGUCAUCUCCACCUCGACGGUCAUCUCCACCUCGACGGUCAUCUCCACCUCGACGGUCACCACCCUAUCGACGGUCACCGCCAUCCCGAAGGUCACGAUCCCCGGGCUCUCGCGGGUCAUCACCUCCGGCCCGUCUCCGAAUUAUUCGCCCCCCUCAAGAUCUUCAAACUCAAUCGGGUUGAAUGGAAGCAUGUUAGGCAAUGUUGAAGCAUUUGCGAACACUGAACCUAGAGCCGGAGCGUCUGCUCAAACUAAUGCUUCUAUCGCGGCCGAACUUGGAGAAGCUCUGAUUCACGUGUUUGUCGGGCCCAACAAGAGACCCUUCGGUGCUUUUAGAUUAUGCGGCAUCCGUCCAGCGGUCCAGCAAUCUUUGAUCUUUGCCAAGAACCCGAACACACACCAGGUUGAGGUUUGGUUCAAGCACCUAUGUACAGUCAGAGACUACGAAAGAUUGUGCGAAGCUAGUGAAACGAAUUCUGUGUUGAGUACCGGCUGGAUCGAGGGCUUUAGCGACACCAACAACAAUCUGCAUGAUCUCGCAGAGGAUUUGCGAAAAGACGACCUCAUCGCCAUUCACUAUCCUAUGGCGAAAAGAAGUGGACCGGGGAUUGCCUGGGUUGCUUGGUCAAGCGGGUCACAGGAGUUCAAGUCUCCACGUCCUAAUGAUGAAGUGCCACCUGGCGUUCCUCUACUCAUUGCUGCUCGCACUAUGCUUGCACCGAUCGAGAUUUUGCAAGCAAUUGAACCUAGCCAGCCCGGGGGUCAAUCCCGUGGCUUUUUGCCCGAUACAUCGCUUUCAUUGCGCGUCGAGCCACCUAGUUCAGAUCAUGGCCUAGAGUCUGGAAACCUCCCAAGACAAUCAAACUUAUAUGAUACGAGGAUGGGUGGACUUUUGCAGCCGCGCGAUAUGCCGGCCCUAGCGGUCCAAAGCUUUCCCGCAAGUGAACUCAAGCAGAGUUUAAUCUGCGCUAACCCUCCACGCCAACUUCAAACCACAGGUCAAGCGGAUCAAGAUCAAGCGGGUUUCCAAACGAUUGAUGAAUUCAUGAAGAAAACCCUUAAAAUCGAUGUGGAAGAACUUGCGACAAUUGAGGAAGGCGGGAAACCUUCAAAAGCAGGUAUUUUCUACCUGCACUUUCCCUCGGGCAAUCAAGAGGUACAAAUGGAACUGGAGCUUCUGCACGCACACCUGAAAUAUCAUGAAAAAAUUGUUUUAACAAGCGAGAAUUCUGGUGAUUGGGCAAAAUUUGUGCAGAACAGCAGACAGGGCGUGGCCAUUUUUCAUGAAACAUUCGUCGGUUAUGAUACGUUGCAGCCUCCACUCAAUUCUGUGCUUCCACUCAAUUCGUUCAAUUAUUGGAUUGUUCGCAUUCGCAGACCACUCGAACUAAUCGAUCCCCGAUAUUGUUCGCCCAGUGACCACCAUCUACGCAUAUUUCCAUAUGGCGGUGUCAUCCUACUCACCGAAGACGUGUUGACAGACCUCAAAGGGGUGGCUGUCACUCUCCAAUGGAUUCGGAAUGCAAACAGGAACAAACGAAAAUCUUGGACGUUGAUGUUCUUCCCCGGGAUACUUGACUGGAUCGAAAGGAGACUCGAUGAUGAAAAUCACUCGCAAGAUCAUGGACUUCUGCUGCUCAUCCGCACGUUGAUUAUCAAGAACAACGUCACAGACCCCCGCACAACCGUGUUCGAUGAAGCCAGUCUACAACUCAACUCGAAAAGCAACGUUAUCGCACCCUCUCUUGAUGAAUACGGUACUCGCACAGAGCACCACGACUUGAAAAUCGAGGGCAAAAUUGAACGCGACGCAGAUCACCUGAUUGAAUUCUUCGCAGGGUGGUCACUGAUUAACAUACCACGUUUCCGGAACUUCAUUGCGGUCACGUCUCUCAAUCCCCCGCUGGAGCACGAUGGGGUAAAUGGGGCCAUGUGA